CCAGAUUUUAAACGUCAAAAAACGUAAACAAGCACUUGCAUUGCGUUGCACUGCACCUUAUUUUAUAAUUUAAUAGUUUUGUGAUGUUACAUCUAGCAAAAUUACAGCAAACAUGGAGCGUGAUGAAACCUUCGUGAAUUCUGAUGUUUUUAAUGUGCAGGACAUUGCUGAAAUCGAAGAUUUUCUUAGUGGUUGUGAUGGAGACUUCAUGCAAAAGCUCGAGCAGGAGCUAGCGCUCACCGACAAUGAUGCUGCGAUGUUGAAUGUUGACACAAAAGUUGAGGUUGCAACUUCUCCUCAAGUGUCCCCCUACUACACCACUGCGGGGAACCCCCUGGUGUCGCAGCAGACCCGUUUGCCUUCCAUACAAACCGUACACCGAGCUCCGCCUUCUAUUAAACCAGUGCCAGGAGGUUAUACGAGGGAGAGUGUGUACCAGCUUAAAGAAGAGUCACCGUUGCCCGAUGUUACUCAGCACAGUCAAAGGCAACAGGCAGCCCAGCCCCCGCUGGUGGUCCAGCAAGUGGUCCCAAGCCCUCUUUACGUUAACCUCCCACCAGGGAGCUACCAGCGCUUGCCGGACCGAACCUCCAUUCUACAGCUUGAAAACCUCACGCAAAUCAACCAACAGCCGAAGCUGCAACCUCAGCAGCCUCUGCUCAUACAGAACAAUGCUAAGGGAGUCACCCCAGUUAUUUUCAAAGGUGCCGAUGCCAACUUCUCACCGCUUAUUCUGCAGUCUAAUAUGAUUAACCCAGAGGCACAGACAAUAAUGUACACCAGUGCACCAGUACAAGGUGUAGCACCAGGCAUCAUUAACACACAAGCGAAUACAGAUGCUAGACCUCUCCGCACAUUUUUGACCAGUAACAAUGGUACCGUCCUCACAACUGGCAUCCCAGUUGUAUUUGAAGGAGACAAAAUUGCUCUAAGUAGGGAGCCCACUGCCUCUCCGCCUAAAGUGAGAGAAGUUAAGAGAAGUGCCCACAAUGCAAUCGAGAGAAGAUACAGAACUAGUAUUAAUGAGAGAAUCAUAGAACUUAAAAAUAUGCUGGUAGGAGAGGAAGCUAAGCUAAACAAAUCAGCAAUAUUACGCAAAACCAUAGAAUACAUAAAGUACCUGCAAAACCAGAACUCCAGACUAAAACAAGAGAACCUAGCUCUCAAACUAGCCUGCCAGAAGUCUGGAGUGAAGGAUCCCAUCAUCAUGGAGGGAGCGUACACUCCGCCGCACAGUGACAUCUCCUCUCCAUACCACUCUCCUCACGGCAUUGACAGUGAUGGACCUUCGUCCCCAGAGUUCAAAGUAGAAGAAAAAUACUCCAAAGUGGUGAUGGGCAUGGGUGACCACUCGCGCCUCGCUCUAUGCGCGUUCAUGAUCGGGUUAUUGACUUUCAACCCCUUCAGUGCCUUGUUCAGUAGCUACAUGACCCCGGCUGCGAGCUUCGACUACACAGCCAGGGUUGACCAGAGGAGAAUACUGGCUGAUGAUUUGGAUGGUGGGAUGUCGUGGGGAGUGUGGCUGUUCAACACAUUCUUCAUCUCCAUGAUUAACUUCAUAGUGCUGGGAGGGUGUCUCAUAAAGUUGUUGGUCUACGGGGACACAGUUCCCAAGUUUCAAUCUAAAGAGGCUGGCGUGUUCUACAAACACAAACGACAAGGAGACAACUUUAUGAAACGGAACGACCCAGCAAACGCGCGGCUAGAAUACCACCGCGCGCUGGCAGCGUGCGGCGCGGGGGUGCGCGGGGGGCGCGGGCGGCGCGCGGGCCCGGCGCUGGCGGCCGCGGGGCUGCGCCAGGCGCUGCAGCGCACGCCGCCGGGGGCUGCGCUGGCGAGGCGAGCUGGGGACCUGUGGGCUGACAGCCCUGCUCGCCGCGCCACUCAACACUGGGCGUCCGAAGUCUCAAACGUGUCCCACCGUUUGGCCCAACUGGCCCUUCUCUCGGACCACUCUGGGCGAAGUGAGCGCAUUCUGCUGGCCCUACAAGCGGUCAACUUGGCCGAAGUGGCCGGGAAUAGACCGAUGGUGGCCGAUACUUACGUCACCGCUGCGUUGGUCUUCAAGAAUUACAUGCCUAAGUUUGGACGCUGGUUGUGUGGCUACUACCUGCGCCUGGCUCGCAACGCGUGCUCAGACUCCUGCCUGGCGCCGCCAGUGCGCCUGCGCUGGCUGCUCACUGAUGAAGGACAGAAGUUCCUGUCGACAAGGCAGUGGAGCUAUGAGGAGGCGCAUCCACCGGCCGUUCUGUUCUCGCUGUUGCCUAAUAAGGCGGAUCCUUUGGCUUAUGCUAUGCGGGCAUACCACCUCGAGCUUCUUCAGAAGAGCCUGCAGUUAUUGCUAUGUGCCGACGAGAACAGCAACACUCGCGACGUGCUCGCUAUUACGAAGCUGAUCACUGAUGACGUUUCUACUGAUGCGCCUACGCACACAGGCUGCUGGGACCCAGUGAUGGAGUGGUGGGCCAACAUAGUAGCAGUCGCCGCGGCGUGGUUGCUAGGCGACGCGGCGGCGGCGGCCGAGACAGCUGAUCGCGUGCACCUGAUGCCCGAGCCACUGGCUAGCAGCGAGGACCCGCUGCCAGGGGCCCUGCACAUGGCAUACAAAAGCCGCCGUGGCCUACUGACGUUAUCACAGUGCAGCGAUGCGACCCAACGGGAGAGGAGCUCAGAAACCAUUCUUAAGGUUUGCGAUAUCGCUGGAGGCAGGUUAGCAGACUCUUUGGCUUACUACUGCUGCAGAAAACCAACACAACUUAUGCUGUUGAUGCAAGUGCUGUGCUGUGAUUGGCUGCUGGAGGUGCGCGCGGGGGUGUGGGAGGCGAACGCGGGGGCGGAGUCGAAGCCGGCGCCGGCCAAUCAGCUGCGAGCGUUCCAGAGAGACCUGCAUUCGCUGCGCCGACUCUCGACGAAUAUUCCUUGGGUGACAUCCCGCGUGUUCCUCCACUCGGCGGUCUGCCGGAUGCUGGCGGGCGCGGCGCCGCGACGCACGCAGCAGCUGUUGGACGGGAGUCUACGCCCGCGCCCGCACCGCGCCUCCGCCAUCUGCGGGAAAGAACGCGUGCUAGAAGGCGGCGGCGGCGAGGGCGAGCGAGCGGUAGCGCUUUACAUGGCGUGCAAACAUCUACCAGAAGCAGUUAUAUCAACUCCGGGAGAAAGAGCGGGAAUGUUGGCACAAGCCGCGGCGACCCUCCAACGCAUAGGACACCGCAGUCGCCUGCCGCACUGCUACCAUCUCAUGAAGAGUUUCGGAACGCUGCCCUCUGCGCCGUGAUGCGUUCGAAUAUCGAAUAUUUAAUUUGUGUUUUUUGUAAAGCUUAGUUGGUACUGUUUAAUAAAGAUGUUUUGUAAUA